AUGACAGACGUUUCGAUUCUAGCGUCCCUCCUCGGAUUUGCCCCGGGAGCCGUUGGUGGUUUUUGCAGUGUUUUUGUAGGCCAUCCUAUUGAUUUGGUCAAAGUCCGCCAGCAAGUUGGUACUGGAGCAUUCAAGGCUCCUGCCGAUAGUGCAGCUACAGCCCUUGCUGCCACUCGGUCGUUCGGCGGUAACUCUACGUUUGGGAUGUUACGCUCUAUUUUUUUGAAAGAGGGAAUCCACGGUUUAUAUUGUGGGGUGCAGGCCCCCUUGCUUGCUGUUACUCCUGGUUUUGCAGUCAGCUUUUGGAGUUUUGAUUUUGCCGGAAAGUCGAUUCGGGACUACAAUCGCAUAGCACGAAGCGAUGAACUUAGUUUGAAGCAUGCCACUCUAGCUGGUGGUUUCUCUGGAAUUCCACUUGCCUUGAUACUCGGACCUACAGAGCGCAUCAAGUGCUUGAUGCAAGUUGAGAAGGGAAAGUACAACGGCUUUUUUGAUUGUGCAAGAAAGGUGUACAAAGAAGGUGGUAUGCGGUCUGUCACUAAGGGUACUUUCAGCACCGCAUUGCGAGAUGUUCCUGGCAAUGCUGCUUACUUUGGAAGCUACGAGUAUGUGAAGAAACUGUCAUGCGAUUUGGAAGGACGAGAAAAAGCAUCAAUUAUGGGUACCCUUCUUGCGGGUGGAUGUGCAGGUGUUGGAAACUGGAUCGUCGCAAUUCCAUUUGAUACAGUGAAAUCGAGAUGGCAAACUGCCCCUGCAGGAAAGUACAAGAGUGUAUUGGAUGUCUUGCAAACAUUGCUCCGCGAAGAAGGACCUUCUGCGCUAUUUCGUGGUUUGUCUCCUGCUUUGUUGAGGGCUUUCCCCGCCAAUGCUGCGUGCUUGCUAGGAGUGGAAACAGUGAGGAGUCUAAUAGAAAACAGAUGA